CACAACACUAAUGUUAAAUAACAAUUCAAGUUGGUUGUUGGUUCGUCUUGCGUGCUUACCACAAGUUUUUAUUUAAUUGGUAUCCUAUACAGUUUAAUAUACGCAAAAUUGUAAAACUGCCCAAAUGUUUCGUAAUCAAAUGGAAAAAUGAUAACAUUCGGAAAUCCUAACGCUUCAAAUGCGGAGGAGUCAGGAGAAGUAAGAAGUAUUUGUGAAAGUGUAUGCAGUGAUGGGUCAAAUGCUACUGUACAAGCUGGGUCUUCCAAUCAAAGGCCUAAAAUGGACAUUGCAUGUGUUUUGGAUGUUACCCAAACAUUACACUUGGCUCAUAGAAAAAGAGCAUUAGAGGAAGUUAGAUUGGCUUCAGAUCUUGUCAAUGCAAAUCUACAUCAUAUACAUUUUGAAAAACUUGAUUUUGGUGAAACAAGUGUAUUGGAUACUUUCUACAAUGCUGAUGUGGUACUUGUGGAUCUCAGUGUUCAAGUGCAACAGAGUGCAUUGCUGUAUCAUCUUGGUGUUAGAGAGAGUUUUGAUAUGAAGGAGAAUGUAUUGCUUUAUAAUGAUAUUGAUCCUGAUGCUACACUCCGUAUUAAGAUAUCAUUACCGAAUUUCCUUUUCGUGUCAUACAAGCUGACGGAUGCGGGCAUAUGUGUUACAACCAAUCCGGCAGCGACGAAAUUCAAGGGGGAGGAAACAGCUGAUCCAAAACAACAUCUCACCUUGAGAUUGAAGAAUAUAUUACAAGACGUAGAAGUGCAAACAAAAGCGCAUCUACAAGAGAAAUUCCUUUCAGAUCUUCGAAAAGCUCGUGAAACUUACAGUGGUGCGGAGCUUAAUAAUUAUUUACAUGCCAUGCGACGUCGGUUGGAUGACCCGGGAGUGUUAUCGGGCGAUACGAUUUUGAAUCUCCUCAUAUCCUAUAGAGAAAUACAGGACUAUGACGCGAUCGUACAUAUUGUUGAUGAUCUUAAGACUAUAAUGAACAGGAAGAAUUAUGUAAAUAUGCCGAUUAUAAGGUUCAUGUACGCGUUUGCUAUGAACAGGAGAAAUAAAGAAGGCGACAGAGAAAAUGCAUUGCGAGUAUGCGUGAAAGCGUUGGAAAAGAAGGAAAAUAGAUUUCCCGACAUGCUGUGCCUCUGUGGGCGCAUUUAUAAGGAUAAAUUUGUUGAAUCUCAGCACAGUGAUAUGGAGAGUUUGACGAGUGCGAUACAUUGGUACAGACAAGGCUUUGAAGUACAACCGAAUGAAUAUGCUGGCAUCAAUUUGGCAACUCUACUUGUUAUUGCUGGGAAUGAUUUUAAAGAUUCCCAAGAACUACAGCACAUAGGCAGAGUACUCAACCACUUGAUCGGUAAAAAAGGCAGUUUAUCAUCCCUCAAAGAGUAUUGGGACGUCGCCACUUUCUUCGAGAUAUCGGUCCUUGCGCAGGAUUACGUCAAGGCUAUACAAGCGGCCGAAUGUAUGUUCAAAUUGAAACCGCCCAAUUGGUACCUUAAAUCAACUAUUGGCAAUAUCGAGCUUAUAGAUAGGUUCCGAAAAAAGAAUGAAGAUACAUCACCAGAGCAACAGGUCUUCUCAUUCUGGAUGGAAUUCUUCGUUGAGGCCACCAAGAGUACCUGUGAAAAUAUCAUUAGGUUCCCCGUCGUGAUAUUGGAAACUACAAAGGAAUAUAUGCCUUCAUAUGUCAAUGUCAACAUGGGAGCUGAACAAAAAUCGGUGGAAAUACUUAACCUGUGUCUCAAAUAUAUGAGGGGAGAUUGCAGACAGGUACAUAGAUGGCUGUUUACAUCUGAUAUGAUUAGGACUUAUAGUUUAUAUAAACGCGACGAUAGAUGUCUAUUUCUAUACGUUAGUGAGAAUUCUGAUGAUUUUCAAAUAUUCCUCCCUUCACAUUUGUUCCGGCAACGUUUAUAUGAGUUCUUAGGAGAAUUGACUGCGGAUCAUGAAAAAGUCGCGGAUUUGGAUACAAGCGUUAUGCAGGACCAGUUGAAGUUUGAAUACGAACUGGACGAUUGCAACAAACGUGUCGUACUCGGUAAAGGCACGUACGGAGUCGUAUACGCAGCGAGGGAUCUCAAUACACAAGUGCGUAUCGCGGUUAAAGAGAUACCGGAGAAGAAUCUUGGAGAUGUCCAGCCAUUACAUGAAGAGAUAAUGCUGCAUUCGCAAUUGAGGCACAGGAAUAUUGUACAGUACCUCGGAUCAAUAUCAGAAGACAACUAUUUCAAGAUAUUCAUGGAACAAGUGCCCGGAGGUUCUCUGUCUGCUCUGCUCCGCUCAAAAUGGGGACCUCUUAAAGAAAAUGAGGCCACUAUAGCCUACUAUACGAAACAGAUAUUGGAAGGUUUAAAAUACUUACACGACCAAAAAAUUGUGCAUCGUGAUAUAAAAGGUGACAACGUACUGGUGAAUACAUACAGUGGGGUGGUCAAGAUAUCAGAUUUCGGUACGUCAAAGCGAUUGGCCGGCUUGUGUCCCUCAACUGAGACCUUUGCUGGAACAUUGCAGUAUAUGGCCCCAGAGGUCAUAGACAAGGGACAGAGGGGGUAUGGGGCACCGGCUGACAUUUGGUCUCUUGGGUGUACGGUUGUGGAGAUGGCGACGGGAAAUCCGCCAUUCAUGGAGUUGGGGUCACCUCAAGCUGCUUUGUUUAAGGUGGGGUAUUAUAAAAUGCAUCCAGAAAUCCCGAAUGAGUUGACCCAGAAGGCGAAGAAUUUCAUCCUUCGAUGCUUCAUACCUGAUCCGGAGAAUAGGGCCACGGCUGCAGAGUUAUUAGAAGAUCCUUUCCUUUGCGAAAAAAAGAAAUCAAGCAGUCGCCUAGGAAACAAUGACUUUAGCCGCAGUAUAUCAGUACCCGCGGAUAAGGGACGGCCGGUCGUAGCUCAGAAGAAAAUCUCUCAGCCGAGUUUGCAAGGAAAUCUGCCGAGCUCCCCGGAAAUAGAGGUUAAAACGGUCCGGUCUAACCCGACAAUCACUAGGACGGCGUCCUCGAUGCUGUCUCCAAUAUUGAUUUACCCGCCGGACCUAUCUCAUAGCAGUACAAUGCCGAACACACCAUCUACAGAAGAGAUGGAUAAUGCUGAUACAAUUUUAAAUAGACGAAGUUCGUCUGGAGGGCUUUUGUCACCUGAGGUGGACAUGCCCAACGUACCGCGAUCGUCUAUUGAUAUAGAACACGACGGCUUCUACCUGCUUAAGAAGGACUCGCAACGGCGUCUCACUCUCUCUCGUGUGUUAGAGCAGGACUGCGAGAAGAUUUGCUCAAAAUGGAUGCUCAGUAUACAACAAGAUUUCGGAACUACUGUUUUGACUAUGAACCAUCUAGAAACCCUGCGAUGCGCGCUCAAAGAGUACAUAAUGGAUCAAAACAGAUCUGUCAUUGAGCAGGCGAUAACGACAUUGAAGGAAGACUUGGAUUUCGACUCGAACGCUAUAAAUGAGCUCCAUUCAGCAAUUUACAUGUUCCAAGAAGCGGUGAACGUUGUACUACGAAUGCAUAGUAUUAAGCCGCAUUGGAUGUUCGCUUUGGACAAUUUAGUGAGGAAUGCGGUGCAAGCAGCCAUAACUGUUUUGUCUCCAGAGCUAGGAGCCAACCUAGCAGGCCAAGAUGGAAGAAGGGAACGCGGAAGUAAUGAAGGGGCCACGCCUUCCGCUCUAUCAACUGCUACUUCCACCAGAGACCACCAGUUGCAUCAGAUGCAUCAGUUGCGGCACGAGAACCAGAAAUUACAACAAGAAUUAAUGGAGAGUUACCAGCAAUACCAGUCGCUGCUCCGAUGCAUGCUGGAAGAACAAAAGGCGCAGACGCAGAUUAUUCGGGAAUUCGUUGAGAAACGACCAAGAACGCACAGCACCAAUGAAGAUUUUGACGAAGAACAAUACGAGGCGAUAAAAGAGUGGAUGACGUCACGGGGUGUGCCCGAAGAAGCUAGCAAGGCGCUUGCCCAACAGGGAUUUACAUUAGUCGACGUAAUCCAGCAUGCUCAGAGGGAGGAUAUCGCUAAACUUAAUCUUAGAGGCGGCAUCGAACUACGUCUUUGGCGGGCGAUACUCGAGCACCGGCUUCAACUGAACAACAAUGUCCUUCGCCGCACAAGCAGCACCGAAACAGAUAUGGAUACGAACUCGAUGGUCGUGGUUGAGUGCAAUCAGUGCAAAACUGCGCGCUCUCUAUCGAACUCUUGUUCUGGUAACCCAACUGUAGUUAUAAAGGAUCAGGUUAAUGGGGACAGCGAAUACUAUAGAGGCGAUAUUUGACUAAUGCGAGGGUGGUGCACUCUACAAUGAUUAUUAUUUGUUUAUUGAGAAAUCUAAAUAUUAGGAAAAAUUUCAAAAUAUACAAAUCGGUAAAUUAUUAUUGGAUUUGUUGAGUUUUGUGUAGAAAUCUAUAUACAUAAUUUGACGCCUCAUUGGUCUAGUGGUUAGUACCCCUGACUGCGAAACCAUGGGUCCCGGGUUCGAUCCCCGGCUGAGACGAACAUCGAUGUGAUGAG